AUGGCAGGAAUACCCGGAUCAGCGCACUUGAACUUAUCCCUUGGCGGCCUCGUCAUGCUUGGCGGGGCCAUGGGCUAUGUGAAAAAGGGAAGUGCUCCAAGUUUGGUGGCUGGUGUGGCCUUUGGAUCUAUGCUGAUCGGAUCUGGAUACAUCAUCGCCAAGACAGACUCGCAGUACGAAGGACACGCCCUCGCCACAGGAGCCUCUGGAAUCAUGGCUUUGGGAAUGGCACAAAGAUACAUGAAAACUGGUAAAAUGAUGCCUGCAGGAAUUGUGGCCAUUUUGGGUGCUGCUGCAUGUGCCUAUAAUGCCAAGAAAUCCAUGGAAUGGGCUCCUUCCAAGUCAGAUUAG